GCUGAUAGGAAGGGGGGCUCGCUGGAUCCUCUCGUCCAUUCUUCCCGGGACUGGAGGCCAUGGCGCUGGGAUCGCGGCCGGAGCUGGUUGGGAAGCGCUUUGUGUGUGUGGUCCGAGGAGGAGGAGAGGAGCCGCUGGAGCUCCGGGAGAUUGCUCAAAUCGGACGCUGGGGAUGGAGAACCGGAGUCAUACGAGCCGUGUCUCACCGGGACAACAACAACCCCGACCUAACGGUCUAUGUGGAAUUUGAUGACCUAGAGUGGGAUAAACGAGAAUGGGUGAAAGUAUAUGAAGAAUUUACAGCCUUUUUUGUGGAGUUCCAGCUGGUCUGGGCGAAGAGGAAAGACCCCAGCCAGUCUCAGGGAUCAAAGGUCAAGCAAGUCCAGUGGCCUGCCUUGGCUUUCAAGCCCCUGGUUGGAAAAGGUGCAUACAACUCAAUUAUCGCAAUAGAAUUGUUAGUGGAGAGACAUCUGGAGUUUGCAACCGAAGAUAGUGCCUUUCAGCCCUAUCAGGAUGAAGUCGACAGUCUAAACCCAGUUCUCAGGGACAACCCCCAGCUUCACGAGGAGGUGAAAGCCUGGGUUAAAGAACAUAAAGUUCAGGAGAUUUUUAUGCAAGGUCCUUAUUCCUUAAACGGCUAUCGAGUGAGGGUCUACAGACAAGACUCUGCCACCCAGUGGUUCACUGGUAUAAUAACUCACCAUGACCUUUUCACCCGCACUAUGAUUGUUAUGAAUGACCAGGUUCUAGAGCCACAGAAUGUUGAUCCUUCUAUGGUUCAGAUGACCUUUCUAGAUGAUGUUGUAUACUCGUUGUUAAAAGGUGAAAAUAUUGGUAUCCAGUCCCGUCGCAGGUCGCGCUCCAAUCAGAAUAGCAACACAAUUCAUGGUCAUUACACACGUGCACAAGCGAAUAGUCCCAGGCCCGUGAUGAACCCUCAGAGCUCCACAAAACAGAAUCAGCACCGUAACGCCCGUUUAAACAAGAGGAAAGGUUCUGACAGCAGCAUGCCAGAUGAAGAUAGGAUUAAAGAGGAAAGAUAUGAUGGUACUGGUAGAGCAGGCUUGCUUUCUGCAAGGUUUGUGGCCCUGAACAUGAACUGCUAUGUAAAGGAAAGUGGAAAUAAAAAGCCUGGCAUGAGCAGCAGCUGCAUUAUAGUAUUGCUUUAUGGAGAUGAGCUGCAUGGUUUCUGUGUUGGUGAUUUUGAUCAGAAUACUGCAAGUCCCUGGUUACACCAGCCAACUCCUGUGACUUCAGCAGAUGGUCUACUGAUGGGUCACCUUCCUGUACGUCCCUCCAGUGCCGACUCUCACCGGCCGCUCAAACUGUCUGCACAUUCAAGCCCUCCCUUAUCUAAGCCAUCAGCAGAUCACCACAAAGAAGAUUUAGAGAAGAAAACCUACAGUGAACCCUUGCGCUCCGUUACGUCGGCACCAGUGAAGAAUGAGCACGAGCACAACCGGACACAUUCGGGUAAAGAGAGCCAUACCCACAGACUGUAUAUGGAACCUGUUCUGAGCCACACCAAGGUGCAAAGGUCAGCAUUGGAGGCCGCAGAGCGUUCGAGCAAAUACAAAGAGGAACACCGGAGAAUCUUACAGGAAAACAUUGAGGCUACUUCCUAUGCAGUGAAGAUGAAAGCACAUGAAAAUGAACGGGAAAGCUAUACUAGAGUAACCCCUAUUGUGUCUUGCAGCCCUAAAAGCCACUUGGUAAAGCAGGAAAACAAUGUAGAACGCCCUAUCUCAGAUUUGUACAAGAUGAAAACGUCAGUCUCGCAGAGUCUGCCGCAAAGUAACUAUUUCACCACUUUGUCCAACAGUGUAGUGAAUGAGCCACCAAGGUCAUUUGCACCCAAGGAAUCUGUAAACGUAUUCUCCGAAAAGCAAAAUGCCAGUCCUUCAGUUAAUUCUGCUAUUAAUUCUUAUUUGUCUAAACCACCACCUUUAAUUAAGCACCAACCCGAGGAUGGGCCUGGGAAUAAACUAAAUGAGCCGCUUCCUCAACAGAUGGCAACUCACACAAUUACGUCUUACAGAGGAGACAAUAGAAGUCCCACCCAAUUGUCCAUCACAUCUUCAAACACACUCCGGAGCAUGCCUGCCUUACACAGAGCACCUGUAUUCCAUCCUCCAAUCCACCACAGCUUGGACAGGAAAGAAGGAAGUUACAGUAACCUUUCUCCACCAACUUUGACUCCAGUGCAGCCAGUAACCACUGGGGGAAAGAUCCAGGAGCUUCAGAAACCACCUACCCUCAUUCCUGAGCCUAAAGAAGGUGCUACAACUUACAAGAAGAAUGCGGAUAAGGUCAUCCAGGAAGUAUGGAAAAGCAGCGAGAAACAAAACCACAGCAAAAUUGACUGGCUGCCAGAGAAAAAUAAUGUGAAGGUACCGUCUGCAACCGCAUCUGUCAUUGUACGCCCAGCAUCUAGUGCAAAGUAUGAUCACACACCAGUAACUCAGGCUGUCUCCAAGGAGAGAGCUGGCGAAAGCUCCUCAGCUGGAAUCAAUCAACCUGAUUGCCUAAAAACCAUGGAAGCCAGAGAGACUGUAAGGAUUGGCCAGCCAAUUAUGAACUCAGACAGCACUCAUGUGCUCUUUGAGAAGAACUCUCACGCUCCUUCACACAGCAUUCCCAGUUUGUCUGCACCUGGAACUAAUAUAAUGUGCAGUACGAAAACUGACGUGACCACCUCUGCCCCCACAACCACAAGUGUUUCGAGUUGCAGCGGAUCAGAAGUCACUUAUUCUUUAUCCAAUGCUGUCUCAGCUUGUACAAUGAUAGAAAGCACCAGUUCAUUACCGGCAAGCCAAACCACGGCACAGACUCAAGAGAGCAUUGUCAGCGCCUUAGCUUUAGCCACUCCAGCAAGUAGCAAGCCUGCAGUUCUGCCCAAUGCAUUGUAUCCCGCGUCAAGUGAUUUCAUCCAUUUAAAAAAGCACAAAGCUGCCCUGGCUGCAGCUCAGUUAAAAAGCACUAAUGCAAUUGAUAUAGAAACUAGUGCUGUGAGGGCUCAAACUUUGCCUCCUGCAGGCUCUCCAGAUAGCAGCACAGCCUGCAGCUCCACAAACGCAGCAGGUUCUGUAGGCAAUGGGCAGGCAUCCCAAUGUAGCCAGCCAAAUUAUCACACAAAACUCAAAAAGGCCUGGCUUACUAGACAUUCAGAAGAGGAUAAAAACACCAACAAUAAGCUGGAAAAUGCUGGCAGCUCAAUGGUGUCUGAAAUCAUUAAGCCCUGUACUGUAAAUUUGAUUGCUUCGACCUCUAGCGAGCUGCAGAAUAACCUGGACCUUCGGGCCCAGGACGAUAAGUCUCCCAAGGAGGAUAGGCUUACAAGGAGGAGGGUGAAAAGGACUUAUGAAUCUGGCUCGGAAACCGAGGACUCAGAUGAAAGUGAGAGCAAGUCUGGACAAAGGCUGAAACGUCAGCCCAAGCCAACAUACAAAAAGAAGCAAAACGAUAUGCAAAGGCGAAAAGGUGACACAGACAAAGAGGACGAAAUAAAACCCAAUGGUAUUCUUAGCCGAAGUGCCAAGGAAAAAAGCAAACUAAAGUUACAGAGCAACAGUACCAGCUCUGGCAUACCUCGUUCAGUAUUAAAAGACUGGAGGAAAGUGAAGAAACUCAAGCAGACCGGGGAAUCCUUCCUGCAGGAUGACUCUUGUUGCGAGAUUGGGCCAAAUAUACAGAAAUGCCGGGAAUGCCGGCUGAUCCGCACCAAGAAGGGGGAUGAGUCCACUCACUCUCCGGUUUUCUGCAGAUUUUAUUACUUCCGAAGGUUAUCGUUCAGUAAAAAUGGGAUUGUCAGAUUAGAUGGAUUCUCAUCUCCUGACCAGUAUGAUGAUGAAUCACUAAGCUUAUGGACACAUGAGGGCUAUGAAGAUGAUGACUUUGAUCUGGAUUCCAUAAAAUACAUCUUGGGUUACAUCGGAGAUAAGUUCUGUCAGAUGGUGACGUCUGAAAAAGCUGCUAUGUCCUGGGUAAAAAAAGAUGUGAAAAUAGCCUGGAAGAGAGCGGUGCGCGGUGUGCGUGAGAUGUGUGAUGCCUGUGAAGCCACCUUGUUUAACAUCCACUGGGUCUGCCAGAAAUGUGGAUUUGUGGUCUGUCUGGAUUGUUACAAAGCGAAGGAACGGAAAAGUUCUCGAGAUAAGGAACUGUAUACUUGGCUGAAAUGUGUAAAGGGUCAACCGCAUGAUUACAAGCACCUAAUGCCCACACAGAUUAUUCCAGGCUCAGUUCUGACUGACCUCCUUGAAGCAAUGCACACCCUCCGAGACAGAUUUGGGAUUAGGUCACACUGUCAGUGUGCCAUUAAACUGAAUUUACAGGUCAGCAAGCUACCUACACUGAAUGGUGUAUCACAGGUGCUGCAGAAUGUCCUCAACCAUAGUAACAAGAUAUCUCUCAGCUUGCCUGAAUCACAGCAACAGAACGCUUCCCAAAAGCCCGAAACCAACGGUAAUGUGAGCCCAGGAAGUGACAGCAGCAUGGACAGUAAACUGGCUUCUCCAGAAUCUCAUUCCUCACUUCACUGGCUAGCAGACCUGGCUGAACAGAAGGCCAGAGAAGAGAAGAAGGAGAAUAAACAGUGUCCAGUGGGAAAACAUAUCAAGGAAGAACCAGAAAGUAAUGAAGGUGUAAACUGCAAAUCCUCAUCACCCACCACUCAGAACAUCGAGCAAGGCUCCACCCUAAGAGACCUCUUGACCACCACUGCUGGCAAACUGCGCCUGGGAUCCACAGAUGCCGGCAUUGCCUUUGCCCCUGUUUACUCGGUGGGAAGUCCGAGCGGUAAAGGUGGAAGGUCCAUGCCAAACAUCUUGGAUGAUAUCAUUGCCUCAGUGGUCGAAAACAAGAUUCCUGCCACAAGGCCACCUAAACCCAGCGUAAAAACCGAGCCAAAGGAGGAAAUUCCCGAGAGCCGCAAGUUAUCCCAGGAUGAGAACACAAGGACUUACAGUGAUAUUCCACAUUCUUGGAUCUGUGAUAGGCACAUUCUAUGGUUAAAGGAUAAUAAACAUAACUGGAACUGGAAGCUCUUCAGAGAGUGCUGGAAACAGGGAAAGACUGUGCUGGUUUCUGGGAAUCAAAAGAAAAUGAAUGCCAACUUCUGGAAGUCAGAAGCAAUAUGCCAGGACUUUGGGGAGCAUCAAGGGGAUCUUCUGAACUGCAAGGAGGGCAUUGUGUCAAGCGGAAAUGUCAAGGAGUUCUGGGAUGGAUUUGAGGAUGUAUCCAAACGUCAGAAACUGAAAAAUGGAGAAACUAUCCUACUGAAGAUGAAAGACCAGCCUUCCGGAGAUGACUUCAAGAACAUGAUGCCUGAAAGACACGAAGAUUUCUUUCGAAUGCUGCCGGUCCCAGAAUACCUCAACCCAGAAGGGAAGUUCAACCUGGCGUCUCUCAUGCCAGCAUUCUUUGUGCGCCCAGACUUGGGCCCCAGGAUGUGCAGCGCAUAUGGAGUCAUUGCGACAAAAGAACAGGACACCGGCACAACAAAUCUUCACAUUGAAGUUUCAGAUAUGGUGAACAUUCUGGUGUAUGUCGGUGCAGUAAAAGGCAAUGUUUCAGCAACCAAGUCAGCUGUGUUAAAGAAGUUUGAGGAAGAGGAGCUGGAUGAAAACAUAAGGAAGAGAUUGAAGGACGCCAGCGAGCUUCCCGGAUCCCUUUGGCACAUUUACGAGACAAAAGACGCAGAUAAAAUCAGGGAAUUUCUACACAAGGCUGCAAAAGAGCAGUGUCUUGAAAUCCUUCCUGAUCACGACCCAAUACGAGACCAGAAUUGGUACCUAAAUAAAAAACUCCGCCAAAGUCUCCUGGAGGAUUACGGGGUGAAGAGCCACACACUUGUUCAAUUCCUCGGUGACGCAGUCAUCUUACCUGCGGGAGCCAUUUAUCAGGUGCAAAAUUUUCACAGCUGCGUCCAAGUCACUCAAGACUUUGUGUCCCCAGAACAUCUUGUUCACUCAUUUCAUUUAACGCAAGAGCUUAGGAUUUCUAAAGAAGAAAUCAAUUUUGAUGAUAAAUUACAGGUCAAGAACAUCUUGUAUCACUCAGUGAAAGAGCUGGUACGGGCGUUGAAGAUCCGUGAAGAAGAAAUGGAAGACAUGGAGGAGUCCUGAGUUCACUAAGCAGGAUCCUAUGUGAUUCCUGUGUGGAGAGACAAAAUGGAAGGACAGUGAGGGACUCACUGAUAACAGUGCCAAGACACACACACUGCGCCGAGUAUUGACUUGUUACUGACACCACACCAGUAUCCUUCGAUCACGUCCGAUGAGCCCCCCCCUCCCAGGGCUGGCCCGGGCCCUCCUCCUGCAGUGCAUUACAAGCCGCUCCAGCUCAGCAGGCGUUAACACGAGCGGUAGAGCAUCAGAUCGCGCUGCACUGUAUCAUAGUGUACAUUAAAAGUUUGUCAAAAAA